GUAUUGUCAUUUGUAAUCCCCACACAGCUCCAGAGAGUGACACACAGGGCGCUUCACAGGCUCUUCCACACAAGGAGCCGUUUGUUUGUUGUCCUGCACGUAGCCUUGCAGGCCGCAGUGUAUGGGGAAUACUCAUGGGAAGUGUUUGUUUACUGCUGGGAGCUGCAGUUCCACCUCCUCCUCCUGCUGCUGCCCUACCUGCUGCUGGCUGGGAACAUGGCCUGCUUCAUUCUCUGCUCCCGGGCCGACCCUGGUAUAAUAACAAAAUCCAACCAUGCAUCGUUGGUGAAGAUGUAUGUGUAUGAUGGUGUAUUAUUUCAGAAAGGCAUCGUGUGUCCUACGUGCGACAUGGAGAAGCCAGCCAGAUCAAAACAUUGCAGUUUCUGCGGUACGUGCGUACAUCGCUUUGAUCACCACUGUGUGUGGGUCAACAACUGCAUUGGUGCCUUCAAUGCAAAGUAUUUCUUCCUUUACCUCUUCACACUGACUGCCAUGGCUGCAACCAUUGCCAUCCUCACAGCAGCGUUUCUCAUCCAAGUGGUGCUGCUGUCGGAUAUGAUGCAUGGGACUUACAUUGAUGACCAAGGCCAAGAGCAAGCUGUUGAGAUUCUCUUCCUCAUUCAGCACCUGUUCUUGACUUUUCCUCGGAUUGUCUUCAUGCUUGGUUUUGUUAUUCUUCUCACACUCGUGCUGGGUGCAUACUGCUGCUUCAGUCUGUACUUGGCCUUAACCAACCAAACUUCCAAUGAGUGGUAUAAAUCCAGAAGAUACGGGUGUUCCCACUGUCUGACAUUGCAGCCUUGUGACGGACAAGUUGUCUACAAAAACAUUUAUUCUAAAGGAAUCUGGAUGAAUUUAAAGGAGAUCUUUAAGCCUUGUACAGUGUUGGAAGGGAAGAAGAAAAUGUGA